CAAAGGUUUAUUUGCUUACAUGUCAUUCCACGCACGAUAACAGACUUCACAUCUGAAAUUCUGAACUGCAACUAGAUACCAAGAUGUUCAUGUAGCUGCAAGGCUCUCUUUCACAUUGGUUCUACAUGUUCAAAAGUACGUUAAAUCUCGUUCACUCAUUUCAGCAAGGAAAAGGGCUCUCCUAUGCAAGUACUCACCACCUCGAGAAAAUAUAUCGUCCAUGCUGCUUCUAAUCAUAACGUAGAGAAACGACGAGAUAUUCAGUGAACACCGCUACAGAUCACAGUAAAUGAUAUCAUAGGCCAGUCUGUAGCCAAGUCCUGCCAAGCGCAAAUGUACCAAUCGGCAUUACAGACGAAUAAACACAGAGUACAAAUUCAAAAUUUACAAGUACCUGUCAAAUUAAUUGAUUAUCCUGUCACAGUAAAUAAAUUUUACAUAGUGUGGCUUUUGUGAAUACUUGAGGCGACGCGAGUACUGCAGAGUAGAGCGGAACUCUACCGGGUUUUUGUAUGGAGGUGAGGAAGAGCGAUCGUCCACGUUGGGGCAAGGUCAAUGAAGACGAAGUAAGCUCAAGUGAUCGUUGCAACCUUUGAAAGGUACCGGUGGAGUGUGAACUGUUCGGUGAGGGAGUAACCCAACACCAUGUCAAUACAACUCAUGUGGAUUGUAUGACACCUGUAUGAAGUUUGUAUAGAGCUGGGUUAGACACGUACCGUGGUCUUUAAGUCCGAGUCUAGUGAAAGUCUGAACGUUCCAGUUCAGUGUUGUUUUGGUUUGGUUUGGGUUAUUUUAUGUUUCUGCCGCCAUUAACGCAAAAGGUAAAAAUGUGAAGUCAAAUCUGAAAAUGAAAUAUAAAAGGCCGUAUGUGCACUGGGCAGAAAUAUAUUGUGAGUGAUUAAAAGAAGGCCAAAAGAUGAAUUAGUCCACCAUAUGUGAAUUGUGUUUAUGUUACAUGAUGAGUCAGUCGACUUCUAAACGCAAAUGCGAGUUAUGUGCAUUAUUCACCAUUGUGACGUCACUGUAUGGACAUCGUUCUAUUGUCAUGUUACUGUGUCUGACAUCACAAUGCUCUCACCAUUAAGAGAAUUACAAAAUGACGUCAUAGUUUUGUCUAUGACAUCAUCUACUCUUUGGCAACAUUGGCAUCGUUACAGCCGCGGCAUCAAGAUGAGCGGCAAGGCGUCUAUGCCGCGAUCUUCGAUGGGGGUGAUCUCCGAAUUCAGUGAGGGUCGGCUGGCUUGGUCUCCUCGCAACGCGACCCAGUCUCCCACUUCCAACGACGAUGAAUACGACACGGACCUGGAGGUCGAAGAAGAAAAGAAGGACUUUGACAUGACAGGUCGGAAUCUCUACAUCAACGCCUGUAAAAGUCACGGGAUCAUUCCUGCUAGUUACUUCCUUAGACACAUGCAGGACGCGGAACUCAACAUGCAACAUCACGGCCUUGGAGCUGUGGGGGUCAAGGUCAUGUCGUUACCGCUGCAGACAAACACAUCGGUUCUGAGUUUGAACCUGGAGGACAACUGGUUGGAGGGGGAGGGAGCAGUCUAUGUGUCCAAAAUGCUGAAAGAAAAUUGUUACAUUGCUGAGCUGAACAUCGCUUGGAACAAACUAGGUCGGCGUGGAGCUCUAGCCGUCUGCGAUAUGCUCAUGUCCAAUACUACGCUACAGGUGCUGGAUUUGACAGGGAACCAAAUCACUGAUGCCGAAGCGCAGUACAUAGCUGAUGCUUUGAAUGAAAACAACCGUGUAAGAAUACUAAAACUUGGUCACAACCAGCUCGGGGAUGCUUCCGCGGCUUUAUUAAGUCCAGCUAUCUGCGAUAAUGACACGGUUGAAGAACUUGACCUGAGCUGGAACUACUUACGGGCCAAAGGAGCUAUGUACCUUUGUGAUGGCAUCAAGACCAACGCCAGACUGAAGAUUGUGGAUUUUUCUUUCAACGGAUUCGGUAACGAAGGAGCAGUUGGUGUGUGCGACAUCCUGAGGUUAAACCAGGUACUGACAGAUCUGAGAAUCAGCUACAACCGAAUAUCAACACCCGGGGCACUGCUAAUCGCUAAAGGCAUGGAAACGAACGACAUGCUGAAGACGUUAAUACUGGAUCAUAACCCAAUAGGGGUGGAAGGUGCAAAGGCCAUUCUAAAAUCCAUGAUGUCUGAAAAUUGUGCCAUCACACAUCUGGACAUGGCGGGUGUCGAGGUGGACAAGGAAUUCAUAGCCAACAAGAAGGAGUUCCAAGAAAUCAAACACUUCACUGUCCUGCACGGUCUGGUUCUUGGAGACUACGUCAUUAAGCCACGCCCGAAGAAGAAGUCGGCCAUCUUGUUCAACGUUCCCAUUUCAGAGGUGAACGCAGGCAAUCUGUUCGAACAUCUGGCGCGUUAUUGCGAGGAGGAAAACGUCGACGUUGUCGACACUCUGUUGUCAUUGGACAAGCGACGUGAACAGCGACUCGUUGCGACUGACAUCAUCAGCGCCAUUGUGACAUCAGGACUCCCAAUGACGGAUGAACAGAUAAACAUAGUUGUGUCGUUGCUCGGUGAGAUGGAGAGUAGCGAUGGCCUUGUGGACAUUAGCCCCCUCGUUGGUGUCGAUAGCUGAUUCCACUACUGUCUGAUUACAGACUUACAUAUGCGUACCUUUAUUUUUUUUAUUAUUCAUGAAUUAUUGCAUUACAAUAAGCCGCUCUAGCUAGCGGCGGCGAUGCUAAUGUUUGUAAUGCGGAUCAUGGUGCUAUUAUAUUGGCCUAAUAAAUGACAUGCAUUGUCUUGAGUUUUGUAAAUGGGUGUAUUGUGUUUUGUAAUGACCUGUACAUUAACUGCUCAUCAACUACAGGUACCAGCGAGUUGUUUAUAUCGUUUCCUUUUUUAAUUUCUCUCGCUUCAAUUUUACGCCAUUGCUGGUUAGAAAAGGAUUUGUCUGUUACAUCACAUUAUGUCAGUCCAUACUUUCGUUGUCUUAUACAUGUUAUACAUAUUUAAGUAAUAUACACACAUUAUUUCUAUUGCCUUAGUGGGGCGGUGAGGUAGCCUAGUGGUUAAAGCGCUCGCUAAGUCCCGGGUUCG